GGAGGCUCGGGCUGGAGCCUGUAUGGUCCGCGCGGCCUCCUCCCUCCUUCCUUUGGGUGGCCGAGCGGUCCAGGCCGCCUGCCCGCGCGCGGGGGCCCGCGCAGAGCCACGGAGCAGCCAGCGAAGGGGACGGCAACCUAACCCCCAAAUGCGGAGCGCAGAGACGCAGGGCAGCCGGCGGCGCCGCGCCGAGUCGCCCUGGGCGCGGCCAACCGCCCUCUCCGAGCCGGGCGCGGAGCGCGCAGGGGCUACCGCGGUACCCCGCUGCGGCCGCGCAGCCUUAGAGAAUGUAGCUGGUGACUACAUUUCCCCCUUUCAUGAUAUUCCUCUGAGGGUGGACUCUACAGAGGAAAAUGGCAUUCCUACAAAGAGAGCACGAAAUGAUGAAUAUGAGACUUUGUUUAAUAUGGUUGUAGAAGUACCUCGGUGGACAAAUGCUAAAAUGGAGAUUGCCACGAAGGAGCCAUUGAAUCCCAUUAAACAAGAUACAAAGGAUGGCAAGCUACGCUAUGUGGCGAAUGUCUUCCCUCACAAGGGUUAUAUAUGGAAUUAUGGUGCCCUCCCUCAGACUUGGGAAGAUCCCUGUCGAAAGGAUAAUAGUACAGACUGCUGUGGAGAUAAUGACCCUAUUGAUGUUUGUGAAAUAGGCUCAAAGGUUCUUUCUUGUGGAGAGGUUAUUCGUGUGAAGAUCCUUGGAAUUUUGGCUCUUAUUGACCAGGGUGAAACAGACUGGAAAAUAAUUGCUAUCAAUGUGAAUGACCCUGAAGCCUCAAAGUUUCAUGAUAUUGAUGAUGUUAAGAAGUACAAACCAGGUUACUUGGAAGCUACGCUCAAUUGGCUCAGAUUUUAUAAGGUGCCAGAAGGAAAACCAGAAAACCAGUUUGCUUUUAAUGGAGAAUUCAAAAACAAGGCCUUUGCUCUUGAAGUUAUUAAAUCUACUCAUGAAUGUUGGAAAGCAUUGCUUAUGAAGAAGUGUGAUGGAGGGGCUAUAAAUUGCACAAACGUGCAGAUAUGCGACAGCCCUUUCCAUUGUACUCAAGAGGAAGCGAGAUCAAUAGUUAAACUGGUGUCCUCAUCACUGAAUAAGGAAAGUAAUGAAGAAGACACAGAGCAAGUAUGGCACUUCCUUGGCAAGUGACUGGAACAUUUGAAGUUCUGUCAUCAAGAUUGCAAUCUCCGAGGACUCCACGACUCCCUCUCCCCAAACGCUAGAGACCAGCAGAGCUAUGAGAAUUCACUGACUUCCUGUUAAAACUUCAUUUUGUUCCCAACUUCUUUUGAGAUAUACAAUAUGUAAAUAAACUGAAAUUUUUGAAUUA